AUGCGUCCUGUCGAUAGGACGCAGGCGCCGCCGCCACAGCAGCAGCAGCAGCUUUCAACAGCUAAAAACUUUUACCGCAGCAGCAAGGAGAAUGCCACGCCCAGCAAGGCGGCUGUAACGCCACUGGGCGCCAAUAGCAAAGCCUUUGGCAAGAUUAUAGUGCACAAUGUUUUGAGUGAAAGUGGCGCCAAUGCGCUGCAGCAGCACAUCAGCAAUCAAAAUACAAUAAUACGCAAAAUACGCGACUUUGGCAUGUUGGGCGCAGUGCAAAGCGCCGCAGCAGCAACCAGCAAUGCGCCACGCAGCAACAAACGCGCGCUGGCAACAAGCAGCAAAACGAACAGCAGCAGCAGCAACAGCAACAGCAGCAGCAGCAGCAACAACAAGCGCGUAAAGCUUAACAAAAAGCAGCAAGCGCCACAGCAGCAGCAAUCACAACCAGCAGCAGCAGCAGCAGCAGCGGCAGCCGCUCCCAAAGUUGCCAUCAACACUUUGGCGCUGGUGCAACGCAUCGCUGGCACGCCGGGACGCAAAGGCUUGCCACUGCCACAAGCGGUGGCCAGACGCAAUGCACGCGAACGCAAUCGCGUUAAGCAAGUGAACAACGGAUUUGCCGCUUUGCGCGAACGCAUACCCGAGGAGGUUUCGGUGGCAUUUGAGGCGCAGGGCGCUGGGCGUGGCGCCAGCAAGAAGCUGAGCAAGGUGGAAACAUUGCGCAUGGCCGUCGAAUACAUACGCAGUCUGGAGCGUUUGCUUGGCUUUGAUUUUCCACCGCUAGGCGGCGCUAAUAGCUCAAGCAGUGGCGAUGAUAGCUUCAUGUUUAUCAAAGACGAAUUCGAUUGUCUGGAUGAGCAGUUUGAUGAUUCGCUUAGCAACUACGAGCUGGAGGAGCAGCAGCAGCAGCAGCCACAGUCACAGCAACAGCCACAACCACAGGAGCUGCUGCCUAGCGUCACCAGCUUGAAUGGCUUGCAAUAUGUUCGCAUUCCGGGCACUAGCACCUAUCAGUUGUUAACGCCCGAUAUUUUGGAUGCAAACAGCUCAAGCUUGGAUGAGGAGCAAUUUAAUGCCUUAAUUGACACAAAUUGUUUGAGCAACAGCUCAACAGCAGCUGCUGCUGCUGCUGCAACUGCAACUGCAUGUGUAAACUUAUCGCGAUCGCCCGUGCCAACCAGUCCCAGUCCCAUCUCACCAACAACAACAACUUCAACAGUUUCACCUGUCGCCAUUGCAGUUGCUAAUGAACUCUUGUUGCAGGCGUGUGCCGCUCAACAACAACAACAACAACAGCAGCAGCAGCAACUCAUCAAACAGGAAUACAGCGAGGGCGAUUUUGUGCCCAACAACAACAACAGUCGUUCCCCCAAUAGCAGCCAUAAUUACGCUCAGCCGCAGCCGCAACAGCAGCAGCAGCAAUCGACAGCUGAGGAGCAAUUGCUUUGCUCGCCAGUGCUGCCCGCUUUCUAUGAUCAGGAGCCGCAGCAAUCCUUCUAUGACAAUGUUGUUGUUGGCUUGCCAUCCUUCAAAAAGGAAUUCACCGAUGUGCUGCAUGAUCAGUCCAACAAUAAUACGGCAGGCUGUCUGUCCGAUGAAUCGAUGAUCGAUGCCAUUGAUUGGUGGGAGGCGCAUACACCCAAAUCUGAUGCCCCAGGUCUUUGA